AUAUUAUCCUUGGUGGAGCCAUUAAAAAUUUUGUUUCGAACUGAGAAACUCAAGGCAGUUCAAAUCUCUAAUCUAAAUGAUCUAGCAACUGGACGUAUAUGUUUUUUCUUCACAAAAUUGAUUUGUCUAUUCCAUUCUUUUAUCUGUUUUCCAGUUGCUAACUAACAUACACAAGUGUUCACCUUUCUAUAGAAACCAAUAUCACUAUCUAGAGCUUAAGAAAGAAAAAUUUCACUGCUUUGUAAUAUUCUCAUUGUUAGUGUUCGACAUUGUUAAAUUAUCUGCAAAUAUCGGGCUCACUUCUUCGAAUUCUUUUGUACAACAUAUUAUUAACAUUUCAUCUAAGUGAAUUACUGUUUAUUUAUACUAAUAAACUUUUAUUAAUUUAAUUAUUCGUUUUUAUGUAUGUUUUUCUCGCCCAUAAUUAAAUAAGUAUGCAAUUAUAUAAAAAUUGAAGAGCCCAAUCAUGUUUGUAAUGCUAGAACUGUGAACUUGUUACCGUAAUACAAAAAAACUUUCCAUGUCUCUAUUUUAUAGUUUUCAUUCUCUAUAAUAUCAUAAUUAGCAUUAUACUACAUAAUUUUUUUGCUGCACUUCAAUUUUCUACUUUCAAAUAUUUAUUUUUAAUACAAAAGUAUUAAAUACCACGGCUAUGGUAUCAACAACAAACGAAUAUCGCAUAUAUAUGUUGAUACCCAAGGCUUUACCUAUACCCCCACCUCGUCGGAGAUGAUAUCAUCCAUACACGACUCCAGUAGUUUUGUUAAGUUCGUAUACUUCAGUGACUCGAUCGAGGCUGAAAAGAACUAGGUAGUUGUCUGGCUUUUCUUAUAACCAUAUUUGAGUAUUUAUUAUUAAGUUGGUGCACCUAUUUUGUACUGUAUAAACGUUAACAAUGACAACAGUUUCUCUUGAAAUUGAUAAAGAUAGAAAGCUACAAUAUAAGGAAUACGUAAAUUUUUUGGAUAAUUAUAGAAGUGGUAAAAGCAAUAAGUGUGAUUUUAAAUCUUGUUCAUCAUCGAGUUCGAUAACUAGUGACAAUUCGGAUUUCAACGAAAUGCCCACGAAGAGUUUUAAAGAAUAUUUGCAGGAUUACAACAACAAAAAAUAUCAACCGGUACAACCAAAUUUUAUGAAGAAGAAUGACGAACCAAAAAAUGUUAAGACUGAGGUAUUUAUACAAAUUAAUAAUACAGCUAAUUUAGAAAAUGACAAUCAAAUAAAAAUUACAAUUCCCAAACCUAAAGUAGAUGAUAUUGAUGGUGAAAAAAUCAAAGUAUCUGUCGGAAAACUAUCACAAAAAUUUGAUAACAAAUCACAUUCAUCAAAUUUUAUUAAAAGGAGUUCGAGUAUAACAGAAAAAACGAAAAUAUUUGAAGAAAAAUCCGAUGAAAAUGGACAUUUGAUCAAUAUGAACAUAAAAAAUUACACAGAGAAAUUUCCCAAAAAUGAUAUAGCGUCAAAAAAGAAAAUCAAUGGUCACAGACAGAAUCCAACUUUUAUUGAAAUAAGGAAACAGGAACUACAAAAUGGGUCAAAUAUGAAGGACUUACCACAUUUCAAGAAUAAUAAUUCACAUACAGUUCAACGACCAGAUCCUGCGAUAUCAGAUGAUAUAGAACCGAUUGGUAUCAAUGGUAACAUGACCAUUCCAACUAAAGAAUCUAUUUGUGCAAGUAAACAAGAAAAUUUAAAUCUGGAAACAAACAAGUCCAAUUGUGAAAUACCCCCGCCUCCACCACUACCGCCACUAAAUCCUCAAACAAAAAAUGAGAUGAAAACCAUUACUCCUCAUCCAAAACCCUUCAACGUUCAGUCAAAAGCUCCUAGUGAAACAAUUGAACCGAAAGUUCAUCCUGCCAGUUCCAAUCCUACCCCAAAGAUAUCAAAUGGAUACAGUACUCUUCCGAAAAUGCAGAAUCAAGAAAACACAUUAUCUCCAAUGAUAGAUAAAAAGGACCCUAGGGUUAAAAAAAUGGUAUACGGAGCUUUAAGAGGGAUGUAUGGAGCUUAUCACGACAGAGCUAAUGAUUAUUUAGCAACGUUACCAAAAAAUAGAGUAAAAAAGAACAAUGGACUUGACAGCAUCAUAAGCAGUAUAGCCGCCCAAGGUGGUCUGGAAAAACUAAGUGGAAGAGCAAAUCCAAAGAGUGAGACUGAACAAAUAUAAACAUUUAAUUUAUUUAUAACCAUUAUUUUCUGUGAAAAUUAUUUUUUAAAAAUUUAUUUAUAUUUGUAUAUGUCCCGUAAACGCUUUUACUUGUAUAUAAAUGAUAAUAGCUUUGCUUUCAUUGUAUUUUUAAAUAUUCAGAAUUAUACUGAUAAAAUAUAAUUGUAUUUCUAAGAAA